GUAUUAGAAAUGGCAGUCAGAUAGGUCGUGAUACUUACCGAAUAGUCAGAAGCGAGAACGCCGAAAGAACGGAGAACGUCGUCGGUCACAAAUUUGUUGCUUCUUUCGCUGUCUCUUCGCAUGAUAUAACCGUCUGCGUUCUGUCUAUUAGGUGGAAUUUUUUCCAUCAUUGAUUGAGCAUUCAGAUGAAAUAUCUGGGAAGGCGGUUGUUCUGGCUACUGGUGGUUUCAGUUGCGAUCAUUCCAAAGAAGGCUCACUACUGCAAGAAUUUGCUCCGGAAAAAGCUAAUUUUCCUACAACUAAUGGUCCAUGGGCCACAGGGAGAGGGGUUAAAAUGGCUCGAGCUAUGGGCGCAGCUCUGGUGGGGAUGCAAAAUGUCCAGAUCCAUCCUACGGCAUUUGUGGACCCGAAAGAUCCAGUAGCAACAACGAAAUUUCUUGCCGCGGAAGCUCUCAGGGGAAAGGGUGCCAUUUUGUUAAACGAUAAAGGAGAACGAUUUGUAAAUGAACUAGGGCGUCGUGAUCAUGUCACCGAUAAAAUCUUGAAAUUCUGUGCUAAAAAUGAAGAAGCUGGUGGCGCUCAUACUGCUUUCAUGAUUAUGGAUGAUCAGGCAGUAGAUGAUUUUGGACGUGCUUCAUUUGGUUUUUAUGCCAAAAUUAAAGGUUUUUUUAAGCAAUUGGACACUUUAGAAGAAGUAGCGAAUUACAUGGGAAUAGAAUCGUCAAAACUGAAAGCAACCUUGGAUGAGUAUAACAAGCAUGCCCAUUCAACUUUGUCUAAGGAGGAUAAAUUCGGAAAGAAGAUUUUCCCGGUUGCUUUGGAACAUCCGCCUUAUUAUGUUGCCAUUAUCACACCAGCUGUUCAUUACACAAUGGGAGGGAUAAAAAUUGAUAAAGACGCAGCCGUGUACAAUGAAUUUUCGGGCAAACCAUUCAAAGGAUUACUGGCUGCAGGAGAAGUCACAGGAGGUGUACAUGGUCGUAAUAGGUUGGCUGGGAAUUCAUUGCUAGAAUGCGUUGUUUACGGGCGCAUAGCUGGACACAAUGCAGCAAAUAUACGUUAUUCAGCUUCUGAUGCAACGCUAACACGCGCUGAUUUAUGA